AUGUUUCGGGGCCACCGCGCCUGGUUCUCACAGAGCGUCAGCCCGGGCCCCCGGGAGCUGUGGGCGGCUGGCGGCGGGGUGCUCACCCACCAGCGGGAUGCCGACUACCUCUUCAGCAGUGAUGCUGCCCACCCGGACACCCGCAGAAUACACGAGAGCCUCGAUUACUUGGAGGGCAGAGCUACAGUCUUUCACUCCCGUUACCUCUCUGUGUGGGGGAGCACCGACGUGGGAGCAAAGCCGUCAGUGGUUCUGGGCCACUUUGUCCUGCCACCUGCCUGCCUGCAAGAAGAAAUCAGAAGGAAAAUCGGUCGUUUUAUUUGGGAGCAGGUGGAUGAUUCACUUGCAGAACAGUCACAGCCCAAGGAAAAUCUGACGGACGAACUGGAGGCGGCGAGAAAAGCCUGUGAGGAAGAAGCGGAGGAGGAUAUGCUAGACCUGGCCGAAAGUGAAGAAGAAACAAGCUCCAGAGCUCCUGCCCAGGGCAAAUUUCCAUACCAUGCCCUCCAGGAAUACCCGAUGAAUAACAUGGUGACAGGCUACGCCUCUGCUCGUGACAUGAAGAAAUAUGACGGAGAGCUCCGCGAUUUUAUUCCCGGCACCUCGGGCUACAAGGUGUAUUGGAUUCAGAACGAAAUUAACAUUUACUCUGAUGUGAAGACUAAAAUGAAGAGAAAAUUGUAAGUAACAGGUGGCUGUUUGCAUAAAAAACUUACAAAUAGCUGUCAGAGAGCUAUUGGUUGUGUUUUGAAAUCCAAUCCCGUAGUUAGAAGCUGAGAGGCCUCCUCACUUGCUCUUCUACAGAUCAAUGGUUAUUUUACCCAUCGGUCUGCGUUCUCCCUGUGUUCUAGUUAAAUAGCGAAGAAAUUGGUGCGGUAUCGAGCUGCAAAUUCUGAGUUAAAUCUCUGCGGUAUAUGGGGGAAUUUAUAAAUUAGCACUGCUUGGCUUGUCCUGACUGCAGCUCAGCAUGUUUGAUGUAUAUUUAAAUACCUGGCUACACUUACUGUAAACAUUUUCUUCAAGUAAGUAUUUAAAAAGAAAUUCCACAGCAAACUUAAAUAUAGACAUUUCUCCCCAAACCACAAAUCCUUUGUCUUUUUAUUUGUACAGAGGGAUUCAGGAUGUGGCUGCGAGGUAAUUUUCCUGGGAGGGACACACAGAAGCGUCCUCGCAGGGAGAAGUCGCCCCGCGGCACAGCAGCACCCGCGCGUGGUACACGCACACCGGUGGGACCCAGCGCCGUCGUGGGGCUGGCAGGACAGGCAAGGGCUGGCCCGGGAUCUCACACGGGGAGCUCCGUGGGUUUGCAGAGGUUUUG